UUCUACCUUGACAGACACUACACACAAUCCGAAAAGAUUCAACCAUGGCGCUCAGGCUGCCCACACAACUCGCGACACCUGGCAAGCUCCACCGCGACGCCUUCUCCUCCCGCCGCGCCUUUGCGGCCUCCGACGCUCUCUUCUCUUCGUUUCCUUCCUUCGCUUCUCCCUGUGCUUCAUCUUCCUCCGGGAGAUCUUGUUUGCUACCGGUAGUUAGAUGUACGGCUCAGCAGACUGGACCUGUGAAUCUGGCGCCGGGGACACCGGUUAGGCCGACUAGCAUUCUGGUGGUUGGUGCCACUGGAACCCUUGGUAGGCAGAUCGUGAGGCGCGCGUUGGACGAAGGCUACGAGGUUCGGUGUCUUGUUAGGCCUCGACCGGCUCCUGCUGAUUUUCUUCGCGACUGGGGCGCGAUAGUCGUCAAUGCAGAUUUAAGCAAACCAGAAACAAUUCCCGCAACAUUGGUCGGGAUUCACACCAUCAUAGAUUGUGCUACAGGACGCCCGGAAGAGCCCAUUAAGACGGUAGAUUGGGAAGGAAAAGUUGCUCUGAUACAAUGUGCCAAGGCUAUGGGAAUCCAGAAGUAUAUUUUCUUCUCCAUCCAUAACUGUGACAAGCAUCCUGAAGUUCCACUUAUGGAGAUCAAGUACUGCACUGAGAAGUUUCUCAAGGACGCAGGCUUGAAUCACAUCAUCAUUCGGCUAUGUGGUUUCAUGCAAGGUCUCAUAGGGCAGUAUGCAGUACCUAUUUUAGAAGAGAAAUCUGUUUGGGGAACAGACGCUCCGACAAGAAUUGCCUACAUGGACACGCAGGAUAUAGCCAGGUUGACAUUUAUUGCACUGCGUAAUGAGAGUAUUAAUGGGAAACUUCUUACAUUUGCUGGCCCUCGUGCAUGGACAACUCAAGAGGUGAUAACAUUAUGUGAGAGGCUUGCUGGACAAGAUGCAAAUGUUACUACAGUCCCAGUUUCAGUGUUGAGAUUCACUCGUCAACUGACAAGGUUUUUUGAGUGGACAAAUGAUGUUGCUGAUAGAUUAGCAUUUUCUGAGGUUCUUACCAGCGAUACUGUCUUCUCUGUUCCAAUGACAGAGACAUACAAUCUCCUUGGCGUAGAUGCAAAAGAUAUAAUAACUUUAGAGAAAUACCUGCAGGAUUACUUCACAAACAUUUUGAAGAAAUUGAAGGAUCUCAAAGCACAAUCAAAGCAAUCUGACAUUUUUAUAUGAAGUCAGUUCGAUUUGUAAUGUAAAUGAAGCUUUGUAUGUAUUUUAACUCUCGAUACAUCGUAACUUCUUGUGCGAGGUAUGCCAUUCAUUUAUUCCUUCUCUCUUCCCCUUACCCCAUGUCCACCUCUGUUCUAUAUUAUCCUGUUCGAUUGUCGUAGUGUAAAUUUAGUUGGUCGUUUGCUCAUCGAUCAUGCUUUAGUAUUUAUUUAUAAAUGUUGUGUAUGCUGAGAUUAGAAGUAAACCUCUCACACCAUAAAUGUGAGAGGAAAAUAAUAUGUUGUACAACUUGAACUUU